AUGCGCGUCGAGUAUAUGAAGGUCCUGGCCCGCAGAUUCGACUUUUGUUUCACUCAACUUGCCAACAUGCUCUGGGCCAUCACCCUCAGUGUUGUUCUCAUGGAUCUUCGAGUGACGAUGGUGCUUGUUUACUCGUUAUAUUUCACCAACUCGCUGUUCCAAGAAGCGAAUCUUCGGCACUCAACUUUCAUGACGUUAGUGGCGCUGGGUGAAUUAGCAUUUUGCUUGUUGUUAAUGGUAUGGCUAUCUCUGGGACUUAUUGACGACGUUCAUCAUCACGUUUUGCUCGUUGCGAGUGGUCGUACACUUUCGACGAAGGAUGUGCUCGUCAAUGCACUUGACACAAUGGCAAUGUUGUCGCUGCGACAUACGUAUCGAAGGUAUAUCCAUUCUGUACACCAGAAGAAUAACCCAGGGGCCUCCAUGCGAGCGCAAGGCAAGACCAAGGUCUUGCGCCCGUUAUUGCAAAUGUAUCUCAUCUCGGGAUACGCAGACAUUGACCCACUCAAGACAAUCUGGCCACGUUUUGGAGCGAUCACACACGUGUCAACAUGGAAAAGUAUAGUGCUAUACUCGUGCGGGGUUAUCGGUGCUGGAUUCGCUGCUCUCUCGCUCUUUUUGCCGAGUAAUUCGAGUGGAACUGCAGCACUUGCUGUAUCCGGACUCGUGAUGAGUUCUCUAUUCAGUGGAGCUCACUUGUGCUGCUCCCAACGCCACCUCCUUAAGAGCAUCGUAACGUCAUUCAACUACCUCUUCUUGAUGUUCCAGGUUGUUGCAACCGGUGUGUGCGUCGUCGACAUGCUCACUUGGCACUGGGUUUCUGCCUGUGGGGUGCUUUCCAGUUGGGUGCUGGCGCAUACCGUGCUAACGGCGGAUGCGCUCACGCCGAUUAUGAAACACCGGCUUCGGUUCAAGUACUGGCUGGUAAUUGGAGGCAUAGUUCUCUUCUGGCUUAUUCAUGCUGGACUACUUCUGGAUGUGCUGGUACUGGGAAAUUUGAACUUGCAGGACCGAGUCUUCUUGGAUUUUAUUGUUCUCGGCCAACACUGUCAAUUUCGCGUGGCUCCAUUUCUGCUCAGUCGAGUCGUCACUCUGCUCGUGUGGGCGGCGCGCUACGUGGUCGCGGCACUGACCGGCAAUAAUAAUGCGCUUGUUUUACUUCGUGGAACGGUGGCAUUCGAUUAUGAAAGCUGGAAAAAGGAAGCAGCGAACCGUACUUCUAUCAUCUCAAGAACUCCUUCGACGUUCGUUCGUAGAGUUAUCUUCGUGCUGAACCAGAUUCGGGAGGGAAUAAUGACGUCGAAGCUUGAGUUGGAGGAAGUGCUCGCGUGGCUGGACGAGUCUCCAGAGCUGUAG